AGCAAACCACUCCCACUGCUAAGCCAAGACUGCCUCCUAUAAAAUGAAUUUGCAGAAGAUCUACCCUCGAUCACAAGAAACUAGAGCUUCGCGCUAAACAGACAUGCGUGCAAAUAUUAUUUUAAAACUCGUUCUGCUCCUCCCGUUUCUCAAAGCGGCCCUCGGUCAAUCCCCUAGCUGCUCAAAUUGUGCACUCACCAAUAGAAGGAAUGUGUGCCUCGACGAGACCAGCUAUGGAUUCUGCUUUAACCAGGAAACGGUCGAUGAAAGCACAAUCACUGCGUGUCCUGAGGGGUAUUUUUGCACACUGGAUAACAUUUGUUCUCCCCAGGAGACGUCCUCACCUUCUUGUGUACCUGAAUCGUCCACUUUAACGACAGAUUUAUUAACCGAAUCGUCCACUUUAACGACUGAUUCAUCAACUGAAUCUUCCCCUAAAACAACAGAUUCAUCAACUGAAUCUACAACUGUAACCACAGAUACUUCAACAGAAUCUUCCACAUUAACUACAAAUCCAUCCACAGAAUCGUCCACUGCAACGACAGAUUUAUCAACCGAAUCGUCCACUUUAACGACUGAUUCAUCAACUGAAUCUUCCCCUAUUACUACAGAUUCAUCAACUGAAUCUACAACUGUAACCACAGAUACUUCAACAGAAUCUUCCACAUUAACUACAAAUCCAUCCACAGAAUCGUCCACUGUAACGACAGAUUUAUCAACCGAAUCGUCCACUUUAACGACUGAUUCAUCAACUGAAUCUUCCCCUAUUACUACAGAUUCAUCAACUGAAUCUUCCCCUAUUACUACUGAUUCAUCAACUGUAUCUUCCACUUUAACGACUGAUUCAUCAACUGAAUCUUCCACUUUAUCGACUGAUUCAUCAACUGAAUCUUCCCCUACAACAACAGAUUCAUCAACUGAAUCUUCCACUGCAACCACAGAUACUUCAACAGAAUCUUCCACAUUAACUACAGAUCCAUCCACCGCAUCUUCAACAUUAAAUACAGAUACGUCAACAGAUUCUUCACCUUUAGCAACUGAUUCAUCAACGGAAUCAACACCAGUUACCACAGAAUCAACCACGGUAUCUCCACUAAAUGCUGAUGUUUAUUGUUCUACAUUACGAAAAAAAGGAUACUUUAGGGUGGAGAGUGAUUCAACUUGCAGACAGUACGUGUACUGCUAUAAAUUGAGCUUGGAUUACCUGGGUUGGCUUUACUAUUGCAACACAAAUGAAUUUUAUAAUUCUGAUACACAAUCUUGUCAGACCGAACGGCCCGCGAGUUGCUGAA